GCCUUCUGAAUCGUGGAGCUAUAGGUUAACUGUGGUUUGAAGACACCGUUUAUUACGAGUGCCAGGAGUGUUGCGGAGCUCCUAUUUUAAUACCGCCACAUUGUAGCCAACCAGAUUCUCUUUAGUAAUUUGCCUGUCCAAAGCAUUCUUCCUAUCCGGGAUGUUUUUGAGCAUAAUUUGGAUCUCUUGAUAUCCAUUUCAAGACAUCGCUUGGAUUUAUAUUAUUUAUAUUCUUAUUGUGUAAUCUCUGCAUUGAAAUGUCUGUCGUUUUCAUCAAGUCUAGGCCACUGGUCUAAUUUCCAAUUAAGAAAUUCCGCCGCAAAACGUUUCGACUUCAAAGUGAGACCGUGGAUGCGCGUUUCGUUGGAGACGUUCUGCAACAAUUUGUUGCAAACAUUCAGAGCAAAGUGAUGGAUGGAGUCGUUAUCACCUCGGUUUGCCAUGGCACCUUAAUCAUUUAGUUUUUUUAAUGUGAUUCAUCUGAGUCCUCUUUUCGUGUUAUUCAAUUAUGUUCACUUUCGCUGCCUUUUGCUAUAUGCUCUCACUGGUCCUCUGUGCUUCCCUGAUCUUCUUUGCGAUAUGGCAUAUAACAGCCUUUGAUGAACUGCAGGCAGACUUUAAGGUCCCCAUCGAUCAGGGCAAUCCACUCCAUGCGAGAGAGCGACUCCGGAACAUUGAGAGGAUUUGCUGCCUGCUGAGAAAGUUGGUGCUUCCAGAGUAUUCUAUCCAUGGGCUGUUCUGUAUCAUGUUCCUGUGUGCCCAGGAGUGGCUGACAGUAGGCCUCAACAUCCCUCUGUUCUUCUACAACACAUGGAGUAGGUACUUCCACAGCCCCACAGACACUAAGGAGCUCCUCUAUGACCCAGCCUCGGUCAUGAACGGGGACACACUCAAGUUCUGCCAAAAAGAGGCCUGGUGCAAGAUGUCCUUCUUCGUCCUGUCCUUCUUCUACUAUCUCUACUGCGUGUACUGGACCGGACCUUCAUCUAGUAUAUGGUCUACUCCUUGGUAACCUCAUAACAGCAGAACUCUCAGUAUUUGAGCCAUUCUCCGGAUAUCAGAGACUGUUUUCUGGAAUUCAAACUAGCUAGCACAAAAACCAACUUUGCAGCAAAAAAUAGCACUUUGGGUCACAACUUUUCUGUUUCAUCAGAAGGACAGUCGGUGGGUCUGGUCUGGGGGGAAGAAUUUCAGCUCCAGUCUCCAUUGUCUCCUCAAUGUAUGUAAAGGGACAUUACUGUUUACAGUUCUCUAUAGGUCAAAAGUCCUUUAUGAGUCACAGUGACCACCAUAUCUACUGUUGUCCGUCACUGCCCGGCUAAUGUCUGUACUUGCAGCCUGUCCUGUCCUGGAGAAGUACAGUAGCGUCCCCACUACUGUAGUAGGGUACACAGUAGUGUUUGCACAGUUUGUCUCAGGCACAGCACAUAGAAACACAGCACAGCACAGUCGUGUUUGUCAUCGGGACAAACAGGUCUUCUUCUUCACCCAUCUGCCCUUAGAGUCUCACCGAUAGUAGCUUCUUCUUCACUGGUGGGAAGGGGAGAUGACACAUCCUGUACAGAGACAUGGUGAACCUUCUGUUCAGGGACAAGGAAACCGGGUCAGCGAAUGUUGCAUUUUUACCUGCUGCAAUAAAAUACAUGGCCUGUGUGUUUAUAUACAUUACAUAUGUGAAUGGCUUUUGUGAUGUGUGCAUUUUGUGUAUUCUGAACAAAAUCAUUUCUAAUGGAAAUAUGAUCUACGAAGAAUCAUAUACAAAUGGAAUAUUGCGUGAUUCUCUGUGGUUAUAGUGUUGUUAUUUGGUAGAGAAAUGAAAGCUUGUUUUUUAGAACUAGAAAAGCAGUAAUUCUUUGCACAGUAGUGUAGGCCUAUUUAAUUUUUUUGACAAAUAUUUGCGAUGUUUGGUUGUGUUUCAAUACUCUAUAGUCUACCCAAAUGAGCAAAGGUAUCACUGUUUCCAUAAUGGACCGAAUGUGGUACUUAUUCAUUCACUUAAAUUAUUCAUAGACAUUUAAAAUGAAUUGUUUCCCUUCACACUUCGUCCAAAAUACUUUUCAGCAAAUAUAAGUGAAUGGCAUAUCAGCCUCCACUGUAAGAUGACUAAUAUAUCAAAUGAACGACACUGUUAAUGUUCUAACUACCCCCUCUGUCAUUACCGUUAGCUAGCAGAUGCUGCCAAUGAUGAAACCGUGUCUGAAAACAGCUAUGGACUUCAGAGCUUUUGGCAAUGCCGUUUCAUUUGAUUGUCCUUCAGAGAAUUCAUUAUACCAAUGCUGUCGGUUUGCUGCAGAGUUCGUAAUCACGCAUCUUAGCGCAGAAGUUUUGCAUUAACCUUUACUCAAGGACAAGACAGGAAUGCCCAUAUUGUUGUUUUCUUAUUUAAGAGCAUUUUGUAUGUUUACUGUGUAUGUGUCAACCUAAGAUGAAUUUAGAUAAUUGUUUAUGAAAUAAAGUAUGACUAUUUUAAAAUGUGA